AAUGGAGAGGUCAAGUGCAGACGCACCGUCCAAUCCCGAUCACGCCGUUGUCGCCCUCACCGCCGGCGGCGACGACACCGUUGCCGGAAACCAAGGUAAUGCUACUUCUUCAAUCUCACCAUUAUCAAGAGGUAGAAGAAGAAACGUUGAAUGGCCAACUAUUGAUGGACCACUGGGGUUAUCACAAGAAGAAUCAAUAGGGCAAGCUCGUAAAUUCUUCAAAUUCGGAUUUCUAUUGCUGCCAUGGCUUUGGGCUGUCAAUUGCUUCUACUUUUGGCCUGUUCUCAGAAAACCCACCUCACAUAGUCACCCACAGCUUCGUUACUAUGUUGUUGGAUCAGCCAUUGGGUUCGUGGUGUUCACUGUUCUUCUCACUUCGUGGGCUCUUACCUUUGCCAUAGGAGGAGAGCAUCUUUUUGGCCAUGCCUGGGAUCAGCUGGUAAUGUACAAUCUUGCUGACAGAUAUGGUUUGACGGGCUGGAUCUAACUUUGUAAAUUUCUCUAGUCCUCAGACCGUAAACUCAACUUCUGUUUGCUGAAGAGAUUUAAACCCUAAUGGGUGCAUUUGUUGCUUUUGAGCUCCAUCGAAGGUUGUGCUGUAAUUAUUGAUCUGAUAGAUCUAAUAUUUUUUGACUUGGCGUACAAGUCAAUCAAUUGGCUGCUCAUGUUUCUGUUAGAGAACAUUGCAAACAGCGAGCACUAUGGCCAUUCAGGCUUGUUGACUGAUUCAAAUUUGUGUUAAAUUCUCUUAUGCAUGCAUACACAAGUGGUUGCAGACUGAUGACUGCUCCAUUUCUGCUUUA